CACAGAGUGCUCCUGUCUGCCCAGCACCAGACAGAGGCAUGAGCCACGUGUGCGUUACUGGCUCUCUCUGGACCUACUCGUGCGUGUUAUGAUUUGCUGGCUGACCCGUUUGAAAGUUAAGUUGCAGAAAUGAGGACCCUGACCCCAAACACUUCAGGGUUUCCUAAAAGCAAGGACCCCCUCACAGAACGCAGCACAGAGAUCGAAGUCAGAGAUCGGAACAGCGGUCCUGUACUGUGCGUGGUAGACAGUUGUCUUCCCUCUGACUAUUUUAUUAUUUUCAGACCCACAAGUAUGUGCUGAACCUCCAUUUCCCAGUGUCAGCAGCAGACAGCACCCCUGCCCUCAUCGUACGCCUGCCCUGUGCCAUGCGCCACUCUUCUCUGGAGUAUUUUACAGCUAAGUCCUGACAUUGAUUCAUCUGCUCCCGCAGUGCCCACACUGCUGGUCCGGGACCACACUCUGAGGACUGAGCCCCUGGAGAAAAGGCCCCGCCGGAGACCACUACCUCCCUUCCCUCCAUCACUGUCCUGAACAAUAGCAGCUCACACUUCUUGGACUUCUCUAUGCCCAACACAGGGCAGGCGGAGGCGGAGGCGUCGACAUGGGGCUUAAGCUGUCCUGUCUGAAAGGCUUUAAAAUGUGUGUCAGCAGCAGCAGCAGCCACGAUGAGGCCCCUGUCCUGAGCGACAAGCACCUGGAUGUGCCCAACAUCAUCAUCACCCCCCCGACCCCCACGGGCAUGAUGCUGCCAAGGGACUCCAGGAGGACAGUCUGGCUGGAAGAGACGGGGUCAUGUCCGGAGGAUGGAGAAAUAGACCCUGAAGCCUGAGAAGGAAGAACAGGUCUGGGAUUUGUUGGCUCUGGCUCCGGCUCUGGUCAUCCCUCAUUCCACGUGUCCCCGGUGGGGUGUAGCCGCCUGGGACAGAAGUGCUGAGUAAGCCGGAUGGGAGAGUGAUUUCAGCACUUGACCAGCAGAAGUGUGGCAAGAUGAGCCAGGGACCAGCCCUGCACACUUGCAGAAUGAUGUUUCCCUGGCCCCGUUGGUGGACCGGACCUCUGAUGCCUACACAUUCUUGCUGACCCCAGGGCCAUGGUGACGGCCAUCAGGGUGCCAGGGAGAGGCUUUCUUCUGGACACACACACUCCCCGCACCCUGGACCAUGCAGACGGUGCCCAGGAGAUCAGCACACAUAAGAACUUCUUGCAAAGGAGUGGCUACAUUUUUUACAAGUUGUUUUACAGAUCUCAAAACAGUCCAAAAGUGAUUUAUAAUUUUUUUUGCAUUAUAAAUAAAGAUCCUCUGUAACGAAUGGUAAA